AUGGAAGAUAAUAUCUCUGAUUCCGUAUCAGAAAAUGCUAACAAUUCAGACCAUGAUUCUCAUACUAGUAAAAGUCAAAAAAAAAGAGGCCGCCCCAGAAAUACACUUUGGAGUAAUCAUUUUAAGGAAAUUAAUUCACAAGGCGAUGGUCAUAGAGGUUGGGAAUGUUUAUAUUGUAAUGAACAAUCUUUACGUGCAUCCGAUGCAAAUAUGAAUACACAUCUAGCUUUAAAUUGUAAAAAAGUUCCACUUGAUAUUAAACAAGAACUUUUACGAAAAUUUCCUGUACCAAAUCAAAAAAGAAGAACUAAAACAGCAAUAGAUAUUAUUACUGGUGUACAACCACGCAUUGAUAGUAAAUUUCAAAUUGCAAAUAAAAUGGAUUCUGGACAAGAAGAAUUGUGUCACAAAGCAUUAACUCGAUUUUUUGUAUGUUGUGGCAUUCCUUUUUGGAUCGUUGAACAUCCAUUUUUUUUAGAUUUUUGUAAAAAUUUAUGUACUUCAUACAAACCACCUGAUCGAAAAACUUUAAGUAAUGAUUGGCUUAAUUUUGAAACAGCACGAGUUAUAGUAGCUAUGGAAAAAGAACUUCAAAAUGAAAAUAAUCUUACAUUAG